AUGGCGGCCGGACGAGGGGAGUUUUGUCGCAGUUUCUUGGAGGGCUUUGAGAGAUCAUCCACCGUGUUAGUUGAAGGUGGAAAACGGCAAGGUCCAGAACGACGACCGCCGGGUCCGGACAGAGGACGGAGGGGAAAGAAGUGGAUGCCGGGGGCAGCGCCGCCGGUCUCGGUUAAAGGCGUGGACCGCAGGUGUUGGCGCUGAUAGCAACCGUGUAUUUCCUGGAAAAUUUAAGCUUACAAUUCAACAAAACCAAGAUAUAAUGAAAGAUACAGUAUUUUUAAAGUAUAAUUUGUAUCACAGCUUCCCAGAACCCAACAUGGAGAGUAAGAAAGCAAACCCAACUCCAACCGUAACGUCCGGACAUAAAGAAAACUUUAUUGAAAGGUAAGUUGGCUGGCCGACUCUAUCAGCUUUUAUGGUAGCCUACCAUGUUGCCAUUACAACCGUGGUUUCCUUAGUUUAUCUUAGUAUAUAAGGAGUAAACCUUAAUUUACUCCUUAUACUUAAGGAGUAACAUUAAGCAAAAUUACUGUUGUUUUUUCCCCUUCUAAAGUAGAAGUCAUGGGGAAAUUAUGAAGUGGUAGCAGCUGUUUCCUGAAAGCGUAACCUCCCCCCCCCCCCCCCCAAGUAUUGGUAAAAAAUGUGGGGAAAGCACCAGGGUUGUAGCUACAUUAUACUAAGUAUUUUAUUUAAGCAAGAGUUUUCUUGGAAUGAAAAAAAAAGCAGGACAAAAGUAAACUUGAUUAUGUGAAACUGGAGGGACAAAAAGGGGGUUUCCCAACCUUAAGACACAGACUGUUGGACAGCUGGACUUGAAAUAUUAAUGGUAACUGUAAUAAAAGCUAUUUGAUUACAAACAACAACAUUUACCCACCAGUAUGUUGGAAUUUGUCUUCAGGUUGCCGUCUGAGAUACUGAUGAAGAUUCUGUCAUACCUGGACGCCUCUUCGCUGUUUUGCAUAAGCUAUGUCAGUAAAUGUUUCCACCAAAUUGCCAACGACGAGUAAGUGGGACAGAGUCAGUUUAAGGCCAGAUUUUAAUGAAAGGUUAUCAUGUUAUUUCACACUAAAAGGAGAGUUUAUAUUUUGUCACCAUUUUAUAUCAUAUGAUGUUGACUUUUGUAUCACACUAAAAAAUGUAGAAGAAAAGAAGGGUGAUGUAGAGGGUCUUUAUUCCACUUCUACACAGUUUGCUCAUGCCGUCUCUCACACAGUGGUGAACUUCUUCCCAGCUUUCUGAGAGACUCAGCAUCUUCGAACUCAUAUCAUCUUUGUUUCACUCUAGUAUUAUGUGGCAAAAGAUCUACAUGUCAGAGUUUGGGGGUCAAACUUGGAAGCCAAAGUGGGCAGACGAUGCAGUUCACAGAGUUGAUGCAGAGGAGGUGGGUGGUCAGUUGGCCGGUCACUGGAAGAGGAUGUACUUCACAGCUGUUGCUGGACAGGACAUCAACAAAUGGAGGAGAGAGUUGAGAGAAAUCAGCAUGUACACCGGGCUGCCCAGAAAGACAAAGUGGGUCCUCAGGUACAGUCUGAUUCACAGAGCAAACACUGGAUUCAAAGAAGUUUCAGGUCUAAAUAUUUAAAAGUCUUGAGAAUAUUUGUGUCUGUCACAUCUGGUUGUUUCAGGCCUGUAUGUUGAUAUUUUUCAGGAACCUGAACAUGAGCUGGGAGCUGACGGUAGAAGCUGGGAACUUAGAGAAGAAGAUCACACUGCAGCAGAGCUGGAUGUCCGUCUUUGAGUCGUCCAUGAUCCUUUGCUGGAAUGGAAGCUGCUUUCCUAAAUAUCAUUACAUUACAAACAUCCAGCUUCACGCAGUCAGGAAGGAGGCGCACUGGAGCCUCAAAACAAAGAAGUAAGAUGCACUCUGCCCAUCACAAAGUCUGCUGCUCUGACUCCACCAAACAUUUACUCCUCCUCAUCCUCAGGACUGGCUGGCGCUCUCUGAUCUCUAAUUUGGACAUGAGAACUCAGCCCACUUGGUUUAUUGGCCAAGACAGACUGAUCAGACUGAUUCAUCUGCUGCCUAGCUUCAUCGUAGGCAUCUGGAGGGUGAGUAUGCUGCAAAACAGAAUUUAAAAUAAUGGUUUAUAAUAUGCAUGGUUAAUGAGUCAGCGGCAAAACAAAGGUAGUUAUUGAGCAACAACAGACUGUUGCCAUGGAGUUUUGAUCAAUCAGAGUCAAGUAUCUACCACAGCUGUGUAACAAAGAAAUUAAAUGUGUGUGUCGUAGGGUGAGAACAGCGUGGCUUUCUUCAUGGUCUGUCUGCACUUCCAUAAGCUGGUGGAGAGAAGUCUGCUAGGAUCUCCAGUCUGGUUGAGUCAACUUGUUUAACUUACAUAAAAAAAGUCAUUUGAUUUCUGACUGGCUAAAUUUAUCAAUCACAUUCUGUGACAUCUGUUCAGUGGAUCUAGUCAAGUCAAGUGUGGGUUAGAGCUCCACCUACUGGUCAAAAGACAUCACAGCAGAUUUGCAAAUUAUGCCAACACAAUCCAAUCCACAAUAUUUAGCACUGUCAUUAUUAUAGUUGCUGCUUUUUACUUUGAAGGACAUUUGAUGUGUGUUAUUCUUGAUUUUUAAACUUUUUCUUGUUUCUAAUGUUUUCUCUUAAUUCUGAUUCUCUGUCUGAUAUAAUAAUGUAAUACUUUGUGUGAUCAAUGUCUGUUUGUUUGCAUAUAUUCAUGAAGCACUUUGUAACGCCUCUCCCCUAAAAGGGUAUUAUAUAAAGACGUCAUGUAAUCCAGUGGUCCUCAUCAUCCUGUUUGUCCCUCUCUGCAGCCCAUACUCAGAGCCCGAGAACCCCUUACCAGCAGAUAACUCUGACCCUGAGUUUGGUCUGCACAGCUACUCACUGCAUUUUGGUCUGCACAACACAGACACUAAGAUCAUCUCUGGAAGCUUCUUCCAACUCUACUCUCACAGAAGUACUCUGGUUAUCUACUCAAACUUUGUUACACAUUAUCCCAUCAAUUCUGUUCUGCUCUGUUUGGUUUUGUUUGAAAAAGUGAAGCAUCUUGUUUAUUCCUAAUUUGUUAGUGGGAUCAGGUCAGAUCAUGGAUGGACAGGUGGAGCUAAGAUUCAUCGACAGGACCAACCUGUCCAAGCACAGGUCCCUCUCUGGAAACAUCAAGAUGCCGUGGAAGAGUGAGGAGCUGGAGGGCUCAGUAGAGGUACACCUGACCACAACAAUCUGUACAAAUCUAAAAAUCUUAGACCAUGAACACACUUGUAUCCUGUCACCAAUUCAGAGCUGUACAAUGGUUGAGCCAAAGGUAAGAGAUGAUUAAAAAUUAGCCAUUUUCCUCAUAGUACAAAAUACAGCAAUACAAUUUCUUUCCCAUAUAGACCUCUGCUUGGUCCUCAAUGUAAUAGCUACUGCAUAUUAAUACCAUUGAUCUAUCAAAAUUUAAAUUUCCAUGAUUUAUUGCAUUACAUAACCCUCGUUUCAGAUUAAAUAGAUCUCAGGGUUAUUUAAAGCACUCAAUUUAAUGACUUCCCAAUAACAAAAGAGGAUACAUGCGGAGUUUAGACUGUACAUCGAGAUGGACAGCAUGUCACCUUCCUGAAAGUGAAAGCAAAACAUUUGGAGCUGCUGCACUUUAAGUCGCAAAACCCGCCUCCUGCAUGUAAAUAGCAAUGGUACUGUAGUUAUUAAUAGUUUUUUUAUGCUAAGAAACACAUGUGUAACACCAUGAUUAACAUCUCUGUUUCUAAUAAAGUAUAGUAGAAAAGAAACGGGUAAAAAAUGUAAUUAACACCCAUUUAAAAGUAAUUUAACUUCCCCAGAACCUGUAUUGGUGUAAACUGUACUUGCCUCAGGGAUUUUUGGCUUUUUCUUGGUAAUUUAAAAUGAUGUUUUCUUUAGCUAAAGGGCUCUGAUGUCAAUGCUGUUGCUUCAAUCCCUUGUGACAAUGGAGCUAAAACUGGACAUGUGGGGUUCUCCUCUAUAAGUGUUGCUGUUGGGAGUGAAAUCACACAUUUUUUUUGUCUGUCGUUUUCUACUUUCUAUGACCUUUCCUCAUAAAAAAACAAAAUAAGAGGGAGGCAGGGUGUACAGUUUUUCCCCUGCACCCAUGCAUGCUCCUCACCCUGACGCUGCCUUCUCAUCCUCAUUUCAUGCAGACUCAUCUAUCGUUUCCUCUCUUUCCUGUCUUCCUCCCCUGAAUCUUGUGUACUUUAUGUUGGAAGAGAAAAAGAUAACAUCCCUCUUUCCUGCGCUGAUAGUUCUUUCUUACGCCGUGUAGAACUGCUGCAUCAUAACGCUGACUCUGCUGGACGAGUUCCAGAAACCCUUCUGGUGCGUCAGCUCGCCUAUUUGCAUGAAAAUGGCGACCAAGAUGCUGUCCUUGGACUACAGUGGAGAUUAUUUUCUGAUGGAGUACAGGGACCAGGGGGGCCGGGUGAAGAUGAUGUUGCUGUGGCUAGAGGAGCAGAAACAGUUUUUCCUCAUCGACCUCAAAGUCUACAUUCCUGUCUCCAAAGUCAACAAUCACUUCAGUACAGACUACUGA